CGUGUGUGUGUGUAUGUGUGUGUUUCUGUUUUUUUUCAGUUGACACAAAAGCCUUUUAAAGAGCUGCAAAUACAUGCUACAUUGGAACGCCGCGAACAAUUCCGAAAGACCUUACGCCGUCGACGGCCAACAGUCUUCACAAAGAAGAAAGAGACGGGGAAAACGGCUAAAGAGCGUUGAAACAGCACACGGUGGUCUGGGAAACUGAACUUCAUUAUUAAUAGGACAUCAAACGUCGUUGUUCUCCAGGGGUCAGUGACAAUGAAUUAAGCGACACGGCCGAUUUGCGCGCCAAUAAGCUUUAUGCUAUAUGGGAUUCCCUCCGCGCUCGAGCCCCGUGUGCCUGUGACCACGAAGGGAGCGAGAGAGAGAGAGAGAGAGAGAGAUUGAGGGGGUGCUGUUACGGUGCACGGUUUUUUGUGCUAUUCAGCAGCAGUGGAUCUGGCGUGGCGGAGGACAAUAGCUCUCUACAGCACUGCUACGCGAGGGUGGUGGGAUUCCCGCAGUCCCCCUCCGUCUGCACACCCCAAGUCCAGGCAAGUCGACUUUGAAUGACAGCGCCGCAACAAAGCGCCUCUCGACGCCUCAGGGGAAUUUUGUUGCCAUUUGAAAGGAACCUCGAAGACGAGCUGGCCGUGCAAGAAACAAGACUCGAAUUUUACUCGAAUGCAAUCGCGACGACGGGAAGAUUGUCAAAUGAAUCAGAGAAUGUGCAAAGGAAAUCGAAGACUGCAUUUACCACAAACCUUCACUGAGCAUCUUCAUUAAUAGCUCGUUAGAGGGAGAAAUAUUGCGACGGAAUCUGCAACAUUAUUGACAGUUGCUUCAUCGGGCUUCUACGGCAGCUACAGUCCCGCAUCGCGCCCUCAGGAGUUAAUUUAGGUUUAAUCUAAUAAUCAGGGUAGUAUUGCGACCGUACCUAACGGGUUAACUGCCAAACACAAGAACAGGCUUACAGGGACCACAUUGAAAUCACCCAUUCGUGAUCGUGUUGUUAAAGAGGUUUCAGCAUCUCUUGAUAGAUGUGAGAACAACACCGCUCCAACAACCCGACAAAGCACAACAGGAAUUCUCACACCUACAAGCCCAAAAGCCUACAAGCUACGAGGACGCGAGCACCAUCUCCGCUUGAUAUUUAGCUCACACACACGGACAUGCUGCCUGAUUCCCUGGUGCAGAAUUCUAAUAAGGGAGUACAUCGCCGGUGAAUCAAGCCUUUUUUUGCCCCCAUCGCCUUGACCGUUUGCAGGAACCCGCUGCGACUCGAGCCCCAACUGUGAUUGAACCAUGGCCGCGGUCGUGAACUAUUCCCCACCUUGGUGGUCGAAUCUUCUUCACCGUCUACCCCACUUCAACCUCCAGUUUGAGAUGACCAGCAGUGACUUCCGACCUGAGGACUCCGAAUAUCAGAAGUCGGUGCUGCUGCUGGGCGCGGUGGCGCUGGUGUGCCUGGCUCUGGACCUGCUGUUCCUGCUGUGCUACUCCUUCUGGCUGUGCUGCCGGCGCCGCAAGAGCGACGACCCGCCCAACGCCGACUGCUGCUGCACCGCCUGGUGCGUCAUCAUCGCCACGCUCGUCUGCAGUGCUGGCAUCGCUGUGGGUUUCUAUGGCAACGGAGAGACAUGUGAUGGAAUGAACAGGUUGACGUACUCACUUCGCCAUGCCAACCAGACUGUGGCCGGGAUCGAUAAACUGGUGUCGAGCAGCUCCCUCUCUCUGAAUGACUCGGUGCAGGCGGGCCUGCAGGUGUGUGAGGGGGCGUACGCGCAGCAGACCGACUACCUGUCCAUCGUGCACAAGCUGCAGGGCCAGCUGGACGAGCUGCUGGGCCUCCUGGUGGAGGUCCCCUUCUGGAGCAACGACGACCUGUCCCUGCACACGCUCGCCACCACCACCGAGCAGUACGACUGGUACAGGUGGCUGGCCUAUCUCACCCUGCUGCUCUUUGACGUGCUCAUCUGUCUGCUGGUGCUGGUGGGGCUCAUCCGCAACUCCAGGGGCAUUCUGAUUGGUGUGUGCAUUCUUGGUGUUCUUGCGCUUGUCAUCAGCUGGGCCACCUUGGGGUUGGAGCUGUCUGUCGCCGUGACCACCAGUGACUUUUGCGUGGCCCCCAACGCUUACAUCACUAAGAUCACGGAGGAGAACGCCGUCAUCAACCAAGAUAUUCUACAGUACUAUCUGAAAUGCAGUAUGGGCCAGUCCAACCCAUUCCAGCAGAAACUCUCUGGAAGCCACAAGUCCCUGGUGGAGAUGCAGGAUGAUGUGGCUGAACUGCUGCGCUCGGCCACUCGAGAGUACCCUCAGACUAAGGGGAAUCUGGAGGAGAUCCAGUCGGUGCUGAACUCCACUGAGGUCAGCCUCCAUCAGCUCACCGCUCUGCUGGACUGCCGCAGCCUGCACAUGGACUAUGUCCAGGCGCUGACUGGUCUCUGCUAUGAUGGCGUGGAGGGCCUCAUCUACCUGGUGCUCUUCUCCUUCGUCACCGCGCUCAUGUUCAGCUCCAUCGUCUGCAGCGUGCCGCACACCUGGCAGGGCAAAAGGAGUGAGGACGAUGACGGUGACGAGUCUUCUGCGGCCCACGGCUCACGGCAGCCUCACGAUAACCUGUACCGCGUGCACAUGCCCAGCCUGUACAGCUGCGGCAGCAGCACGUACGGUAGCGAGGCUAGCCUCCCGGCCGCGGCUCACACCGUCAGCAACGCGCCCGUAACCGAGUACAUGAGCCAGAACGCUAACUUUCAGAACCCGCGCUGCGAGAACACUCCUCUGAUUGGCAGGGAGUCCCCUCCGCCCUCUUACACCUCAAGCAUGAGGGCGAAGUACCUGGCCAACAGCCGUCCCGACCAGCCCCGUCCCGACUCCCACCUCCGUGCCGACCCCCACCUCCGCCCUGAGGCCCACAGCCGCUCCGCCCCCAACAGUCGGCCCAACUCCGCCAUCCACCGGCCACAUUCCUCCAUACACUAACACACUCUACUUGCACCCCCCACCCCCCCACAAGGGACCUCAACUCAACUCAACUCAACUCAACUCAACUCAACUCAACUCAACAACCCAUCCACUACUCUGGUAUCUACAAGUCACCCCUGGGAAUAGCCUCCGCUAUCCACCGGCCACAUUCCUCCAUACACUAACGCACUCUACCUGCCCCCUGUAAAGGGACUGCAAUUCAACUCAACUCAACAACCCAUCCACUGCUCUGGUAUCUAGGAGUCACCCCUGGGAAUAGCCUCCACCAUCCACCGGCCACAUUCCCCCAUACACUAACACACUCUACCUGCCCCCCUCAAGGGACCACAACGCAAUGCAACUCAGCUCAACUCAACACAGCAACCUACCCACUGCUCUGGCAUCUACUGGUCACCCCUGGGAUUAACCCUCCUCACCUCUGAUGAUAACCCCUUCAAUAUGCAAAAACACAAGUCUGACAUCUUUCGAUCAUCCCUGGGAGGGAACCUCUUAAUGCCGUAAUUCACGAGUCUUAAGGCUUAAUCCAUAACUUGGCCAUCUGUUGGGUCAUCCAUGGGGUAAUCAUGCACACCUGGGGACAACCCACAAAGCCCAAUCCAAUACUCUGGCAUCUACUGGUCAGGCCUGGGGCACACACUCAGCCCAGUGGUUAACCCCCCCCCCCCCCCCAAAAAAAAAGUGUCUCUGAGAUCCAUUAGUCAUCCUAACAAGGUAUGUUAGUAGGCCAAAUUAAAAUUGCCACAAAACAAACAUUGUAAUCGAUCUCUGUAAUCCAUUAGUCAUCCUGAAAAACAAACUGAUGUUUGAACUUGAAGUUUCAACUUGAAAUGCGCAAAAGAAAUUCUCUACAAUUGAUUGAUAAUCCUAAGAAAAACCAAAGUGUCUCUCUCCUAUCCAUUGGAUAUCCCCAAAAUACCCAAAGUAACCCUGCACAAUCAAUUGGUUAUCUUGAACCCCCCCCCCCCCCCCCCCCCAAGUCCUUGCAAUUCAUUUAAUGAAAAAAAAAAGAUUGAUACAUGAUAAUACUUUAUCAUACCAAUCAAACCCUGCAAUCCCCUGAAGCCCAUUUCUUGUCCAUCGGCUAAGCUAUGUAUUCUGCCGGUCAUCGGCGUCACCCUUGUCCUUUAAAUCAUGCUAACACCUCAGCUACUGUACCUACAAGUAUUUUUGACAUAUUUCUUUGAAUACAUACACAGCUGUAUUUUCCCGAAAGCAUUGUUCUUCUACGGUCAUCUCAGCUCUAGAGAGCGAGAGAGAGUGAGUGUUUAGAAGACAACGCUCUCUUGUGAUUUCACAACCGACACAAGCAUCGCAACAAGGCUUUCAGGAAAUAGCAGCCCAGCAGAUCAAUACAAAACGGAGAUCAGAUGUGAUCAUCCUCUCCGCCCCCCGGCUCCCACUCUGGCCUCUGCUAGUCCGCUAACCGUCCCCCUGAAAUCAAAUUUUGCUCUCUGUGAUCGAUUAAGCGUCCUGUUGAGCCCCCACUAAUGGCACACCUGCCCAGCAGCAGUCACAGCCACCGCUGGAGGAGGACGCGGCACCACCAUCUGGAUCCAACACUGCCAAUAGCCCACAGUCUUGGAAGACGAGCAAGGAGCAAGCGAAUCCAUCUCAAACUGGGUCUUAAAAGCCUACAGGAAUAAAAAUAAAACAACAACGGAAAAAAACCCACUACCUCCACCCUCUACGAUGAACACAACGACGGACCACUCGCUCAACCUGGAUGUUUAAAUAAGACCACACACACACACACACACACACACACACACACACACACACAUAUACACACAUGUACACGGAUAACCAUUCCCUCUUCAGCUACAGCCAUAGACAAUCUGAGCCAUUCACUCUUUGUGUAUGUUCUGUUUUGUGUGCGUGUGCGUGUGUGUGUGUGUGUGUGUGUGAGAGAGAGAGAGAGUGGUGUGGUGGUGACUGUACUAGUUAGACUAGCACGGGUCACCCAGUUACUAAAGUAUACACACACACACAGUAGAGCAGGAUAACAUAGAAUAGUGUGUGUGUGUGUGUGUGUGUGUGUGUGUGUGUGUGUGUGUGUGUGUGUUUGUGUGUGUGUGUGUGUGUGUGUGUAUGUGUGUGUGUGUGUAUGUCCAUAGGGAACAGUAUGCCACAGCACAUUAAUCUCAAUACUAAUGUAUAUACUAAGUGUUUUUAUAGGUGCAUAAUGGAGAAUUAGACUACCCUCGUUUCGGUGCACUGCCUAUCCCUCCCUCCCUCCUCUCUUUCUCUUUCCUCUUUACCUCCCUCUAUUUUUCUCCCAUCCUUCUCUCCUCCUCUUCUUCUCUCCCCCUCCCUCCCCUCUCCUCCUCCCUAAGUCUUGUGUCUGUGUAUAGAGACUAUAUGAACAGUCUAAGGACAUUCUUCUUCAUUUUAAGGACAUCAGUCUUGUUAUCAAAGCCUUGGCAGACGACUAGAACGGGUGUGCCGAUCUGUGUUGAUACUGUACAUGUUUUGUUUUGAAAUGGUUCUUUUAAGGGGAAAACUAGCAUACCUAAAUACUUAAUGUGUGUGUGUGUGUGCAGUAACUGCAUUGGGCACAGAGGAAAUACUCUACUCUGAUUUGCAAUGGGGAUUGCUUUUUGCUGUUUUUGUUCUGAGCACAUGCACACAUGAGCUGAAACACACACACACACACACACACACACACACACACACACACACACGUGUAAAAUCUUUCCCUGAAGCUGAAGUAUAUUGGCCCGUCGCUUGGCAUCAGAAAAGACAAAGAGAGGGGAAAAGGAACAAUACAGGGGAGACAUGGAGAAAACAACGUCGAGACCACUUUAUCUUAAUUCAGUGUUUUGUUAUUUUACCACGUUUCCUAUUCCACGAGACAGCGGAAUGGAGACUCGGAUGGAGCGGUAACGUUGGAUUGCCUCCCAGACUGGAAUCUGAAGGAGAUGCCGUGAACAACGGGGAUGUGAUUGAAUGAAGGAGUGGAAAUUGAACCACACAUACAUCCCCAUUCUUUUCUUUCUCAAGCCUUUCACCCAGAAUGCUGUCCCCCCCCCACACACACCAUUUUCUAGGACUAGCUGAACAUAAAGACUAACUCAAAACCUGGUCAAGAGGGAAUCCUACAAAGAAAGGGGGAAAAACUCUGACCGUGAUGAGAAAAGAACUAACAUUUUUUUCUUUUUUUCACGCUUUCUCUUUUGCCUCUCCUUCAGCUCAAAAAGCACAAACUGUUUGACCUGGCUAUUGAAGUGAGGAGAGACAACUAAACAUUUGGAAGCGAAGAGAACGAUGGUUUCUGUUGGAGAUAUGGCGGGUGGGUGGGGGUACGAAGCCAGGCGGUUGGACCGUGUAAAGAUUUAAAGGAAGAGAAGGGAUUGAAUCUGCAUCUUUUUUUCUGUUGCUAGUUUGGUGUUGAUCUCUCUCACUCUCUCACAGUAUGAACAGGUAGUGGUCGCAGCACUUGGGUAAUGCUCACUAAUAGAAAGGGGCUCUGCAUAUCUUCACAUGCAGAUACACACACAUACAGACACACACAAACACACACACACACACAUACACACAGGUUCACAAAAGCAAGGAUGUAUACACACAGUAUUAUAUGCUUAUACAGAGUUACUAAUACACACAUACAGGUACACACACACACACACACAAUUGUAUAUGCAUACACACACGGACACUAACAUCAACACUGCACCUUGUUUAAUUAAGUAACACCGCAUCUUCAUUCCUAUUCUUACAAUGCAAAACACCACACACACAACGCCUCCAUGACACCUCUAAACUGCCCCAAAAAUCUUGAUAAAAAAGAAACGUGGAAAAAAAAAUACAUGCACUCGUAACUCUUGUGGCUCUAUCAUGUCACUGUAAUGCUCUAGUGAUGACCUGUCAAGAAUAGAAUCUGCUGUAUUGAAUUUCAAGGGUGCUUAUGACUUUUUUUUUUUCUUUAAAAAAAAAAAAGAAGAAAAGUGAGCACCGUAAUGAUUUUAAUGUCAUUCGUUCGUUACCAAGUGUAAGACCACUAACAGUGAGAGUCUGACAAUCUUUGCUUCGUAAUACUACCGUAUGUACAACGUAUUAACAGGUGUUGCACGAUGGUGAUCAUAAAAUAAUUACAUGGUUUUAAAAAAAAAAUGAGAAUUGCCUUUUCGUAAUGUUUUCUACACGGUUACAUUUUUUCGUAAUACCUUACACAUUUUCUCUCUCUCUCUCUCUCUCUCUUCUCUCUCUCUCUUACUCUUUCUUCUUCGUCUCUGUAGAUUUUUUAAUUGUAUAGAGCCGUGGCGCUUGUGCCCACGUGGAUCUUAAUUGUGAAUAAGAACUAUCACCCAUCAGCUGUUUUGAUAACAGUCCUGUAGAUUUUUUAUGACUUAUUUUUUUUGUUUAAUGUUUGUUUUUUCAUCGAUUUGUGAUUACUAAACUAUUGUACAUGUCAAAAAAAUAAGUAAUGAUGACCUAACUGAGCCUGAAUUCAAUGUUUUAAAAUGGAUUAAAGUUUUAACUGACAAA